UCCACCAAAAUGUACAAGUUGUUUGAAAGCACUAUUGAAAGAAUUGGACCGGAAAAUGUUGUACAAAUUGUAACUGAUAAUGCUAGUGAGAAUGUUAAAGCGGGAAGCAUGAUGAUGGGUGCAUACCCACACAUUUAUUGGACUCCAUGUGCCGCUCAUUGCAUCAACUUGAUGUUUGGUGACAUAUUCAAGGUUAAGCCAUAUGCUUCCGUUUUUAAGAAGGCCAUCAGAAUCCAUUCUUACAUUAGUCAAAGGCCAUUGUUGUUAAACUUGAUGAGAAAAUUCACCAAGGAAAGAAAUUUGGUGAAACCGGCCAAGACAAGAUUUGCAACGGCCUUCUUAACUUUGAGAGCUAUGUACAUACAAAGAAAAAAACUUGAGAACUUUAGUCCUCUCAACCGAAUGGACUUCAAGUAAAUUUGCAAAGGAAACUUUGGGGAAAGAAGUUGCCAAUCUUAUUAUUUCUGCCCACUUUUGGGAUGAUGUUGUUCGAGCACUUACAGUUUGUGGCCCUUUGACAAAAGUGCUUCGUUUGGUGGAUGGGGAGAAAAAACCACCAAUGGGCUAUAUUUAUGAAGCAAUGGAUAGAGCCAAAGAAACUAUUGAACGGGGUUUUCGUGGAAUUAAGAAGCAAUAUGAGAAAGUGUUUGAAAUUAUUGAUGCAAGGUGGUCAGACCAACUCCAUCGGCCUUUGCAUGCUGCAGGCCAUGUUUUGAACCCAGGAUUGUAUUAUAAAGCUCAAGAAGAGGGAACUUUACUACAGAGUCUGUGGACCGAGUAUUAUGCAUGUGUUGAGAAGA